GCGGCGCGGGGCGGCUGCGAGACGCGCGCGAUGGAGGGCGAGAGCGGGCGCCCGUGGGCCCUGGGGCUGCUGCGCACCUUCGAGGCGGGCGAGUUCGCGGGCUGGGAGAAGGUGGGCUCGGGCGGCUUCGGGCAGGUGUACAAGGUGCGCCAUGUGCACUGGAAGACGUGGCUCGCCAUCAAGUGCUCGCCCAGCCUGCACGUCGACGACAGGGAACGUGUGGAGCUUCUGGAAGAAGCCAAGAAGAUGGAGAUGGCCAAGUUCCGCUAUAUCCUGCCCGUGUACGGCAUUUGCCAGGAGCCCGUGGGCCUGGUCAUGGAGUACAUGGAGACGGGCUCGCUGGAGAAGCUGCUGGCAUCCGAGCCGCUGCCGUGGGAUCUGCGCUUCCGCAUCAUCCACGAGACGGCCGUGGGCAUGAACUUCCUGCACUGCAUGGCCCCGCCUCUCCUCCACCUGGACCUCAAGCCCGCGAACAUCUUGCUGGAUGCCCACUACCACGUCAAGAUUUCCGAUUUUGGGCUGGCCAAGUGCAACGGGCUGUCCCACUCCCAUGACCUCAGCAUGGACGGCCUGUUUGGCACCAUCGCCUACCUCCCACCAGAGCGCAUCCGGGAGAAGAGCCGGCUCUUCGACACCAAGCACGACGUGUACAGCUUUGCCAUCGUGAUCUGGGGUGUGCUGACCCAGAAGAAGCCGUUUGCAGAUGAGAAGAACAUCCUGCACAUCAUGGUGAAGGUGGUGAAGGGCCACCGCCCGGAGCUGCCGCCCGUGUGCAGAGCCCGGCCGCGGGCCUGCGGGGCCCUCCUGCGCCUCAUGCAGAGGUGCUGGCACGGAGAUCCCCGGGAGCGGCCCACCUUCCAGGAAAUUACCUGUGAAACCGAGGACCUGUGUGAGAAGCCCGACAGUGACGUGAAGGAGACGGCACAAGAUCUGGACACGAAGCAGCCCCCUGAGCCCAAGAGCCCGAAGCCUGUGUGCACACCCCUCAAGCGAGCCUCCGCGCCGACCUUCGACAGUGACUACAGCCUCUCGGAGCUCCUGUCCCAGCUGGACUCGGGUACCUCUCAGACCCUGGACGGCCCGGAGGAGCUGAGCCGCAGCUGCUCAGAAUCCAGGCUGCCGUCUGCCAGCAGCGGCAAAAGGCUCUCGGGGGUGUCCUCGGUCGACUCUGCCUUCUCCUCCAGGGGGUCGCUGUCUUUGUCCUUUGAGCGGGAGCCUUCGACGGGAGACCUCGGCACGACCGACAUCCAGAAGAAGAAGCUCGUGGACGCCAUUGUGAGCGGGGACACCAGCAGACUGAUGAAGAUCCUGCAGCCGCAGGACGUCGACCUGGUCCUGGACGGCGGCGCCAGCCUGCUGCACCUGGCCGUGGAGGCCGGCCAGGAGGAGUGUGUCAAGUGGCUGCUCCUCAAUAACGCCAACCCCAACCUGACCAACAGGAAGGGCUCCACCCCCCUGCACGUGGCCGUGGAGAAGAGGGUACGGGGCGUCGUGGAGCUCUUGCUGGCUCGCAAGAUCAGCGUCAACGCUGCGGAUGAGGACCAGUGGACGGCCCUGCACUUUGCGGCCCAGAACGGGGACGAGUGCAGCACCCGGCUGCUGCUGGAGAAGCACGCCUCCGUGAGCGAGGUGGACUGCGAGGGCCGGACGCCCAUGCAUGUGGCCUGCCAGCACGGCCAGGAGGGCAUCGUGCGCAUCCUGCUGCGCCGCGGCGUCGACGUGAGCCUGCGCGGGAAGGAUGCCUGGGUGCCGCUGCACUAUGCGGCCUGGCAGGGUCACCUGCCCAUCGUCAGGCUGCUGGCCAAGCAGCCGGGGGUGAGUGUGAACGCGCAGACGCUGGACGGGAGGACGCCGCUGCACCUGGCCGCCCAGCGGGGGCACUACCGCGUGGCCCGCGUCCUCAUCGACCUGCACUCCGACGUCAACGUCUGCAGCCUGCUCUCGCAGACGCCCCUGCACGUGGCCGCGGAGACGGGCCACACGAGCACCGCCAGGCUGCUCCUGCACCGGGGCGCCGACAAGGAGGCCGUGACGGCCGAGGGCUAUACCGCCUUGCACCUGGCUUCCCGGAACGGGCACCUGGCGACCGUCAAGCUGCUCGUGGAGGAGAAGGCCGACGUGCUGGCCCGGGGGCCCCGGAACCAGACGGCGCUGCACUUGGCGGCUGCCCGCGGGCACUCGGAGGUGGUGGAGGAGUUGGUCAGUGCCGAUGCCCUCGACCUGUCCGACGAGCAGGGGCUCAGCGCACUGCACCUGGCGGCCCAGGGCAAGCAUACCAAGACCGUGGAGACGCUGCUCAAACAUGGGGCGCAUGUCAACCUGCAGAGCCUCAAGUUCCAGGGGGGCCGCAGCCCCGAUGCCGCGCUCCUCCGGCGAAGCAAGACCUAGCCCGCUGCCCGUGGGGACGGGGGGCCCGCGUGGGGUUCUUGUUCCGUUGUCGCGUUCUGCUGUGGGGACAGAAUGACGCUGUGCUGGUCGGCUCCACUCGCCUGGUCCGCGGCCUGGCGGAACAGUGACCGAGGGCCAGCAAGAGGCAGGUGGCUGCUGACUCUUCGUGCGUGUGGUGUCCGCGUGGGCGUGUUACUCUCCGGAGGCAGUUGGUUAGGAUGCACUUGGCCAUUGACCCAUUCUCCCGAUCGGCACGCCUGCUCUCAGAGGGACGAUGGGUCGGAAUCAUUUCUCUGGGCUCCUUGUUCCUGACGUGGACGGGAGCGAGUUCUCCCUGCCAUGAGCCACGCCGCCCGUGAUGGCCCGGAGCACAGCCGCGUGGGGCAGCAGGUGCGGAAGGGGCUGUGUCUUCUAUCUUCGUAUCCGGCGGCAGGCUGCAAAAAGCCUGUUUCGGAACAUUUUAGUGGAAUUCUUGUUUGACAGCGUGUCUUUCAUGGAUGAACAUGGGAUCCACAGUUGCUUUAAACUUGUCAAGAACAUUCACGUCAUUGGGCCGUGUAGUCUGUGAAGAUCGAGUGUAAAGUAAGAAGGUUGGUUUUUAAAAGCAAGCGGACGGUCAUCCAACCAGUUCUUUUAUACCCAAAUUUUUUGUCCUCUGGUUCGGUGCUCGUGCAGGGGGCCGCACACAUGCCCUGACACCAGUGUCAGCUCUUGCUCACCUCUAGCUUGCCCGAGAUGGUUUUUGAACUCCAGAGCAAAUGGACUAAGAGUCAUUAAAAACCUCAGACUCUGCUCGUUUCAGUUUUGGACGGCCACUCGCGUUCCCAGCCAGAUGGGCCACUCCCUGUUGGUCUCCUUCCAGCCCUGAGGUUUGCUGAGGUGCUUAUUUGUGCAGAGCGCUGCCAUCCUGGGGUUCCGGGGCUUUUCUGAGCUGCCGGACGAGCACCUACUCCGUGGGGGAGCCUUGGGCUUUUGGGGUGUAGCCCCCGGGGCAGCACACUCUUGGAUACGAAAGACUGAUUUUUACCCCCGUUCCUUCCUUGGCUCGUGUGUCCCGCAUGGCGCCCUCUGAUGCGGUCCUCUAAGUAGGUUUGCUGCGGGACACGACCCUGUGCGCAGACACACCCCGUGGCCUGGUGUACAAUACAGAGAUUGAUAUUAAUGUACCGUGUAUGUUAAUGUGAAUCUGUGGACAGGAUACUUCUUUUCUAUGACAGGAAAUAUCCACACUGCUUAGAACUGGCUAUGUUUUAAUAUGCCUCGUGCUUUCACUACACUGUACCACCGUUGUAUAUAGGAUGUGUGGAAGACGAAUAGUUCUGUUUGAUGUCAAUAAAACGAAGCCCCCUUCUACCUU